AUGGGAGAAGGAAGAAACUGUGUGCGAUAUAAGUGUGGACUCACCAACACCAUACAAGAUGUGCUUAGACAGAGACCAGGCUGGGUUGAAGUCAAAGAUGACAGCGAAUGGGACUUUAACUGGUGUGAUGUCAGCUGGCUGAGGGAAAAUUUUGAUCACUCUUACAUGGAGGAACACGUGCGAAUAUGUCAUUUCCGCAACCACUAUGAGCUGACCCGCAAGAACUUGAUGGUGAAGAACCUGAAGCGAUACCGCAAGAUUCUGGAGAGGGAGGCAGGCCGGUUUGAAGCAUCCAAAUGCGACUUCUUCCCCCGCACAUUUGAGCUGCCCAGCGAGUACCACCUCUUCGUGGAGGAGUUCAAAAAAAGUGCAGGCAGCACCUGGAUCAUGAAGCCAGUGGCACGCUCACAAGGGAAAGGCAUCUUUCUGUUCCGCAAACUCAAGGAUAUCACAGACUGGAAAAAGGACGGCAGUCGCACCGAGGAGCAGAAGGAUGAGAUCCAGGUCGAGAGCUACGUGGCACAGCGCUACAUCGAGAAUCCGUACCUCAUAGGGGGUAGAAAAUUUGACCUGAGAGUCUAUGUGCUGGUGACAUCGUAUAUUCCCCUGAAGGCUUGGCUGUAUAGAGACGGAUUUGCCAGGUUCUCCAAUACCCGCUUCUCCCUUAACAGCCUGGAUGAUCAGUAUGUGCAUCUCACCAAUGUAGCAGUGCAAAAAACUGCGCGGGAUUACGACCCUGAAAAGGGCUGUAAGUGGCAGAUUCAGCAGCUGCGGCGGUACCUGACAGCCAGGCACGGCGCAGAGACUGUGGAGCAGCUGUUCUGGGACAUGGAUGCUAUCUUCAUCCGCAGCCUCCAGAGUGUGCAGAAAGUCAUCAUCAACGACAAGCACUGCUUUGAGCUCUACGGCUAUGACAUCCUGUUGGACCAAGAGUUAAAACCGUGGCUGAUUGAGGUGAACGCCUCACCGUCACUGAGCGCUAGCAGCCAGGAGGAUUACAGCAUGAAGUACGAUCUGCUGGAGGACACCCUGCACGUCGUGGACAUGGAGGGCAGACUCAGUGGCAGGGAGAAGCGGGUGGGGGGGUUUGACCUCAUGUGGAACGACGGCCCAGUUUUCCAAGAGGACAUGAGCCUGGAAACACAGGACAACUCCUGCAAUACAGCAAAUACACACCUGGGUUGCAUCAAUGAUCGGAAGAAGCAACUUCGACAGGUCCUCAAGUCCCUCCCAGGACAUAAGAGAAUAAACCUAUCACAGCCCACAGUUCAUCAAGCCCCUCCCAGGACAUAAGAGAAUAAACCUAUCACAGCCCACAGUUCAUCAAGCCCCUCCCAAGACGCAAGAGAAUAAACCUAUCACAGCCAACAGUUCAUCAAGCCCCUCCCAAGACGUAAGAGAAUAAACCUAUCACAGCCCACAGGUCAUCAAGCCCCUCCCAAGACGUAAGAGAUUAAACCUAUCACAGCCCACAGGUCAUCAAGCCCCUUCCAGGAUGAGAGUGGGUUGGCUCCAAAACGAACUGGUUGCCCUAUGUGGGCGUGGUUUCCGCUCCAUUUAAAUUCGGUAGAUCAAACGGAUACCUUCCCUUUAAAUUGCCAGCACUUCAUUUAGGCAAGCCAGCACACUUAAAUGGAGCUGUCCCAAUAAACCAAUCGCAGCUCCCUAUCCGUUUUCCAGGGCAUAAGGGAAUAAUAACCAAUCACAGCCUAGAUUUCAUGAAAAUCCUGUCAUGACACAUUUAAUGACUGCAAUGACAACCUGCACAGCUCACCAGGGGGACUGCAGAGUGAGAGAUGGAGGACUACAGAAUCAGUGAUGGCAGUACAUAUUAUGGAGGACUGUACAUGCCAAAAUUAACCCCUUAAGUCUCACCGGCCAAGGUGAUUUUUUGCAUUAGUUCCUUUUUUCAGCCUGCAAUUUUCAAUCACUAUGGUAACAGGAGGUACCGUGCAGUUCUCUGUAUAACUUAUUUUAACAUGUCGUUGCUUUAGCAACAACAGUUGCUUAUUUUGUAACGUGGGUGGUAAAACAAGUGUGGGGGGGACCUCACCUUCUCUGCAUUUUGGAAAUCCACAGACAAGAAAGCUAAUGUCAGUGACCUUUCAACGACAAGUGUCCAGCGGAUCAAAUGCAUUAUAGUUUCUCAUCCUAAAAAUGAGCAAACUCAGAGAAACAUUGAUAGUGUCCAUUGUUUACUUAGAAUUUCUCUGGAGGAAUUGUCAUUGUUGUCCAUUUUGCAAUGUUUCGCUACGUUUUGUAUAUUUGUAGUAGUAUAAACUAGUAGUAGUCUAUAGUACUAUUUGUAAUUUAGUUGCAGCAAAAAUGUUAACCCAUCCGUGUGUAAGAAAAUUAAGUACAACUUCAGCUUAUCAAAGAACUGGCUAUGGGAACGUUAUUUAAGUGGGACUAAAAAGCAUUUUAAUGACAUUAUGUUUCCAACGUCUUAUCAUUUGUUAGGCUUGCAUAGAACAACAGCAUUUUCUUGCCUAUGUAACAAAAUUGUAGCAUUAUCAAUAUGCAUCAAUAUUAAUAAGUCUGUUGCAGUUCUUGAUUUUAUGGCAAAAAAGGUUUUACAACAAAAAAAUUAUUUUGUACUUAUGUCUAAAUAGAGGGGACUUCCUUUGGAGGAGGAACAAGGAAUCUCUUGUUCGAGUGGCUAUUUCUGAGGAAGACAGAGGAAACACCAUUGACAACACAAUAGGGCAUUUUUAGUUUUAAUGUAUUUAGGCAUAUAAAUACAUUCUCAGAAUAUUUUAUUAUCAUUCACUAUCAAUAAUUAUCAAUAAUGAGCCAGACUGCUUUUGAAUAAUAAAUAGCAAAUUAUGAAAUUAUGGAAUGUGUUUGACUUGUUGAUGGGGGUUGGGUAUUUGACAAAAACUUCAAUCAAUAGGCCUCCAUGAAUAUGAAUUUACAAGAUGGUAUUAUUGUGAUUAUUAUAAUUAUUUUUCAUGAUCUUCUCAAGCUGUUGCUGUCUGAGGAUAGCUGCAAGGGGAGGGAGUUUGGGACAGAGAGGUUAUAAUAUUCUGAUCAGGAGGGGCGUAGCAAUGCAGUUACUGAUUGUACAAGGCAGAUGCAUUCUGUAGGCCUACAAGGACAAGACAAUACAAUUUUCAGGGUUUUUAAGCCAGUGGGAUAUUCAAUUUUUCACUACAUUGGUUAAAAAAAAACCGAGAAAGAAUAAUAAAAAUAAUAAAGCAAAAGCUGGCGAGCUUUCAAUAGUUUUCUAACUAACUUCUGUCAGUGUUCAAAGAGACAGCCAUGAAGACCAAGUGCUAACCUAGAACCAAUAAAUGAUUUUAAAACAUUUCUGAACUAUUUUUUUAUUAAAACUGAAUUGAACAUGCCCUAUUAAGUCAAGUCAAAGCUGUUUUCACUGUCCUCGGAAGAAAUCACUUGUCUGAGUGAAUAUUUCUAAGGCCUCCAAAUGAUGAGUCUAGUGUUCGGACUUAAAGUCUAAAGAUGUUUUUUGCCAAUGUGGAACAUUAUCAGGGUGUGUAAGUAUGGUUUGUUUACACAGGAGGAAAUAAAAUAUGUAUACUGUAGUUCAGCAUUAGUCAACUCCAUGUCCAGCUGAUUGUUUUACCUGCUUGGUUCAGAUAAUAAGCUAAUGAGUGAAAGCAUUUGGUGUAGCGCACAGUAGGAUCAAAUACCUUCAGACACUGCACUCUGCAGGACGUGGAGUUCAGUAGUAGUAGCUCGUACACAGCUGGUCGCUCUAGCUAUAUUGGGGGACUACUUGGCAAGUACUGGUCAGAUCCUGUACAAACUACAGAUAAUAACAUUGUACGUGCAACUAGGGCCAAGGGGAGGCCCCCCUUUUGAUUUAUAUCCUACACAGGCACAGGGGAUUUGCAAUUUGCAGACAUGGGGGCCCCUCCAGACAAAUUGGGCCUUAGGCGAACUGAGAACUGGCUCAGUGUGCAACUGUGAAAUGGGGAGCAAUUCCUCCGGAGAAUUGCUCAGUAAACAAUGGACAUUGUAUAAUUUUUGGGAUAAUGGAACUACUAUGGAUUUUGCAACUGGAUCUUUGCAGUGAUCAGGAUACCGAUUUUACCAUGAUUUGUGUUGUCUGAAUUUGUUUUUCCACCCCAUGUUACAAAAAAAGGAAUUGUUGUCGCUAAAACAAUGGCAUCAUAAAAUAGUUUAUUGGGAUAGAACCAUGAGUUUUAACUUUCAAAUGGUAUAUUGUGUGACCAGAUUGAUUAAAAAAUUUACUGUAAAAAAA